AUGUCUUCUGUAACCGAAUCCCUUGUUCCUUAUGCCAUCCCAACACCAACGGCCGCAACCUCCUUAAAUGCAGGAGAAUACUUCUCUUCAAUAACUCCUCAGACUCAAGCAUUCGAGGCAAGCGAUGGCGUUGUGCACAUGGCCGUGAGUGGCUCUAACAUGUGGAUCGCCUUGGCAAAUGGUGGCGUGGAGGUACGUGAGGUUCACACAGGCAUCCUGCAGCACGUCUUUUCGAGCGCCCCUCGACCAUCCAGCAGUACGAGAAUCUGGUGUAUCCUGUCGGUCCGCGCGUACUCCGUGUCGUCUGCCCACCCCCAUGACAGCCACCUCAAUCCCUCCGAGGACGAGGAACCGCAGGUCUGGCUGGGGCUCUCCACCGGGACGAUUGAAAUUUACCACGGGAUAACCUACAGGUUGUUACAGCAACUGCACAAACACUUAUCCGGGGUGUACUGCCUGGAAGGCUGCGGUAGCGGCUGGAAGGGCUGUGAUGACGUCGUGUACUCCGGCUCCAGUGAUUUCCUCAUUGCUCAAUGGAAGGUCAACGUCGGGCAGUUGCUUCGCAUCUUUAAAGGUCAUUCCAACUACGUGCGGUGCCUGUACGCGGAGGGGGCGACGUUGGUGAGUGGUAGCGACGAUUGCAACGUGAGGGUGUGGGAUCGAGAGUCGGGCGAGACACUGCGGGUUGGUAAAUUUCAUGCCACAACCGGCGGUGUGUCGGCGAUAUGCCGGGUUGGAGUAAAGAUGUGGACAGGAGAUGAUAGCGGGACGCUUGUAAUUUGGAAGAUACGGAAUUGUGCUGUUACGUCCACCUCUCACCCCCACAACGGGCGUAUCACGACGCUUCAAAAGAUUGGCUCGCGUGUAUACUCAGGUUCAGCAGAUGGGACUAUCGGUUUGUACAACGCCGAGGACGAAGUGAUGCUCGAGCAACUUAGCCAUCACGCCGCAAGUGGCUCACGAGUAGUAAUGGUGCGAUGUGCAGUAGAAGUAGAUCGCUACUACGUCUGGAGCUGUGGAGCGGAUCAAAUCAUCCGUUGUUGGCACCAUGAUGAAGCGAUCCCCAUGAGCAAAUUUAAAGAACGGCUCAACGACAUGCGCUGGUACUAUGAAACCUACAAACCCUAUCAAGAGGCUGAUGAGAAGCUGCUCGAUACCCAUCACGAGCUGUCGGAAUAUUUGCUCCUUUCCCAGGGUACAGAGGAAGACAUUAAAGCCUACAUCAGCUGCAUACCAUCAGACAAGUGCAGUACCGCCCUUAAGUGCAAAAUCCUAGAUUUUAAGGCGAACGAAGCGAACCAGCGUGUGUCGCAGCUGGAAAUGGAAAAAAGCAACCUUGAUAGCCAAAUUCAAGAGCGAAAGAAGGCCCUAGAAGUGAUCCAAAGCAACUUGAAAGCGAUGACGGAAGCACUUACGAGUGCGCGCGCAAGUUCCUUGACUGCUGCUUCACCUUUGCUUACCCAAACCGUUACGGGGGCAACGACGGCACCGAUCGUCCAGCCGUUGCGUCCUACCUCUGUGGAAGUGUCAGCCCCUUCGCCGGUGGUGCAGGUGGCUUUUAGCAAGAGCUACGAGCCGGUACUGAGCGGAGUGCCACCGCCUCUCCCAUCCAAUGUGCCUGUUAAAACUACCAUCAAAUAG